UCUCCUUCAUUCAUUGAUCAUGGAUUCAUCAGCGGCACUCUACAACCACCUCAAGGUUUUCAUUUCCUUUUCUCUCAUCCUCUCUCUUUCUACGUUUCUUCUUCACUCGAAUUAAGCAUAUUCAUCGUACAGUCGGCCGAUCCGUUUUUCUUGCUUGCCGGCCCGAAUGUCAUUGAAUCCGAAGAGCACAUUUUCACCAUGGCCAAACACAUCAAGGCCAUCUCCACCAGAGUGGGUUUGCCUUUGGUCUUCAAGUCGAGCUUCGACAAGGCUAACAGAACAUCCUCCAAGUCAUUUCGAGGCCCGGGCUUGACGGAAGGAUUGAAGAUCCUUGACAAGGUCAAAGUAGCAUACGACAUUCCAAUCGUCACCGACGUGCAUGAAAGCAGUCAGUGCGAGGAAGUUGGUAAAGUCGCGGAUAUCAUACAGAUUCCUGCAUUUCUAUGUCGUCAGACAGACCUUCUUGUUGCAGCUGCCAAGACAGGGAAGAUAAUAAACAUCAAGAAAGGCCAGUUCUGUGCUCCUAGUGUCAUGGAGAACUCGGCCGAGAAGGUUAGACUGGCAGGGAACCCAAAUGUGAUGGUUUGCGAAAGAGGAACCAUGUUUGGAUAUAAUGACUUGAUUGUUGAUCCACGCAAUCUUGAGUGGAUGAGAGAAGCUAACUGCCCUGUUGUUGCUGAUAUCACACAUUCACUACAACAGCCUGCUGGUAAAAAGUUGGAUGGUGGAGGAGUUGCCAGUGGAGGCCUCCGUGAACUAAUACCAUGCAUAGCAAGGACAGUAGUAGCUGUUGGGGUAGAUGGAAUUUUCAUGGAGGUGCAUGAUGAUCCAAGGAAUGCACCAGUGGAUGGUCCAACGCAGUGGCCGCUACGACACUUGGAGGAACUGCUGGAAGAGCUGGUGGCGAUAGCUAGGGCAAGUAAAGGGAAGAGACGUAUGGAGAUUGAUCUGAUGCCAUUUCGCGAUUAGAGAGCAGCUUGGUCUACUCCAGUUCUCCACUUACAGCUGUGAUCCUUCUUGAGAGCAAUCGACUUGGUUUGGACUGUGAUUGAUUUCAUCCUCAGUCUAUUGUAUCAUCAUCACAAGCAACUUCACAACAACACCUUGCUUCUUUAGUAGAUCCCCAACAAUGCCAACUGAUUGUGGCUGUGGGGUUGAGUUUAUUGAAAGGAGCUGAUCAAUUUUUGUUGCAUAUUCUCAAUCAAACAUGGAUGACGGAAAUUAGGAGCGAGUUGCUAUCUAGGACUUUGUUAAUACGAUAUUUUCUGAACUAAAAGUCAUCUAUUUCACCCUGUGAUCACUCUUUGAUAAUGUCAAUGAGAAGAGUUACGUGUGGUGUUCCAUGCUACGGAACACUGACAAUUAUUCUGUUACACACAUCUUUCAUCUCCAUCUCUCGCACCAAAACUACCUAGAAAGCAACGACCCAAAUCCCAACUCAAACAUGGUCUCCAACGUUGAAAAAUAAAAUAAAAAGAACAACCCUACCGUCAAGUGGUCCUAAUUUUUCCGGCCACAUUCCGCCGGCAAGCUGCCGUGAAACCUGUUAGAGUCAUCGCAGUAAUUGUAAAUCAUGUAGUUCUUCUGAACCCAUUGCAUCUGCUUCAAGUCGUCGCCGUCGAUCAGCUCCGACGAGUACCACGGUGCAGUUUUGUCCGGGCAGCUGGAGGCUCCAUUAGCGUAAACGCAGCCGUCGGCGGUGUAGUUAUUAAAAGAGGCCGUGAAGGGAGCCUUGGACCAGUCGGUCUUGACGGAUCCACCGCGAGUGGCCCAGUCGUCUGCGUUCCAGAGGGAUCCGUAGAGCUUCAUGGGCUGGUCCCGUGGGUAAGGGACGUUGUUGUUGGGGUCCACGUUUCGGUACUCCCUGAUGGGCUUCUUGUCCACUACCAGGACAAUAUGGGCCGGGUUCCAUGUGAUGGAGUAGGUGUGGAAAUCGGUGGUCGGGUCGAACCACAAGUAGAACUGUUGCUCGCGGUUUCCCAUCCCUUUCGUGAAGAUGUUCGUGUGCAGGACAUAGGGGUCACCGCUCGUGUUGCCUAGAA